AUGCUGAGUUUGCGAUCUCUUCCUCUGGUUGUAUCGCUAAUCGGCUAUGUCAACACGAUCCAAGUCUGCCCGGAUUCGGCCUGUCCCUAUGCAGGAGCUUGGGGCGCCUGGACGAUAGUUUCCACGUGUACAGCGACGUGUGGAAUGAAUGGACUUCGCGUAGAGACUCGUGAAUGUGUCUCCGAGAAGUUUGGAUGUCCUUGCAACGGAGCAGUUUCGCGGAUAGUCGCUUGCCCUGAUUCCAUGUGUCCGUCUCCAAGCCCAACUUGUGCUGACGGUUUUGCGAAGAAGCUGAACGUAACGAGCAAGGCCUACACGUGCCAAGCCAUCAACGUCACGGCUGCUGUAGUGCCGAAUCCGAGUUUCACCUGUGACAUGACCGCAACAAUCGAUUGCCCGAGGGUUCCAUUGAACGGAAUCUGGUCGGCUUGGACGAACGUUCCUGGGACGUCAUGCACAGCGACUUGUGGUAACAAAGGAACCGUGGAGGAAACUCGUAUUUGCUUGACGUCAAAUGUCAGGAACUGCACUGGCAUCUCCACGAGAACGGCGCGGUGUCCACCACAGCCGUGUACGACCGCACCAUUUUGUCGUCUCAAUGCCCCUAUCCUGACCUUCACGGUCAACGGAAGGCAAACGAAUCGGUGUGGAUAUGAGAUCCCUGAGCAGGAGACGCCGUGCUUCCCGGCUGGUUGUAAUGUGGCCACGACUACUACAACUACGACGACGCCGAGACCUACUACCACUCCGAGCUAUAACCAUGAAUGCCUCGGUGGCGGACCAUAUGGACCAUACGUAACCCACUGCCUUAUGGAUUUCCCGCUAGAUGUUGGGCAGUCGUUCAACAUGUCGGCGAUGAUCAAUGGGCGUACCGACAUGAUAGACAAUAUUACCGGGUCUCCGAUAUAUUUUGUUUUCGCAAUGGCCGAUGCGAACCUCCCUGCGGAUGCUAACGCUUCUUGCAUCGAAGGUUACACGCUAAUGAAGGUACUCUACUUGGAACGGAUGUCGCUCUGCGGCGUUUUGCAGCUUAGUGGACAAGGUGGAGGCGCAGCCUUAUAUAGUGCCGAGGAAGACGCAGGCGACUGUCGCCCAGGGCAGCUUCAAAUGCAAAUCACCCGCACCGCAGCCGAUCAACUGCUGAUCUCAGCAACUUACCUGGCCUACAAUGCCACCUGGACGAUGACAAUUGACCCAAAUUUCGCCCUCAGAAGUGUUAAGGCCUCCACCGGCCGGUCGGUGAAAUAUUCCGUGUCCAACUACGAAACUAGCUAUGUCGCAAUGUGCAUGUUUACCACGAUAACUACUAGGUCUGGACAC